AUGUCUGCCAACGAACUCCCCCCACAGCUCAAGGCCUCUCUCGAGGCAUCUAAAUGCGAAUAUCGCAACCUUGGUAAAUCAGGGUUACGUAUUUCAGUUCCCAUCUUUGGAUGUAUGAGUUUUGGUGAUAAAAGAGUUCUUCCUUGGGUAAUUGGUGAGGAAGAGGCACUGGAGCUUCUCAAAGCCGCGUACGAUCGUGGCCUCAAUACUUGGGACACGGCAAACACGUACAGUAAUGGCGUAUCAGAAGAAAUUGUCGGCAAAGCAUUAAAGAAGUUCAACAUUCCUCGUCACAAGGUCAUCAUCCUGAGUAAAUGCCGAUGGGCCGUGGGUGAAGAGCCAGGGGCACGCCACAUCAAUUACAGGCCCGAAUUUGAAGCCUCAAAAGACUACCAAAACCAAUAUGGUCUCUCCCGCGCCGCAAUCUUCAAUCAAGUCGAAGCAUCCCUUAAACGUCUCGACACUGACUACAUUGAUUUAUUGCAAAUCCAUCGCUACGACGAAUUAACUCCUCUUGAAGAAACCAUGAAAGCACUUCAUGAUCUGGUUCAAUCGGGUAAAGUCCGAUACAUUGGCGCAAGCAGCAUGUGGGCGACACAAUUCGCUCGAAUGCAAUUCAUCGCCGAGAAGAAUGGUUGGACGCAGUUUAUUAGUAUGCAGAACCACUACAACCUUUUGUACCGCGAGGAAGAGCGGGAGAUGAUUCGAUACUGCAACGAUACAGGCGUGGGUGUCAUUCCUUGGGCGCCCCUCUGUCGCGGUCAUCUGGCUAGGCCGCCCGCUCGAUUUGGGUGUACGGACCGAAGCAAGGGCGAAAAAGAAACUUCAGGUGAGCUGUCAUACGUUGACCAGAGGAUUGUCGAGAGGGUGGUGGAGAUUGCAGAGAAGCUUGAGUGGCCUAUGGCACAUGUGGCGUUGGCAUGGAUUAAUGGGAGGGUUGCGAGUCCGAUUAUUGGAUUUAGUAGUGUUGAGAGGAUCGAACAGGCUAUUGAUGCAAGGGGGAAGACUUUGAGUGCGGAGGAUGUUCAGUAUCUGGAGGAGCUGUAUGAGGCCAAGUCUAUUUCUGGACAUAGUUAA